AUGAUGAAUUAUUUUAACGAUUAUGCAAAUCUGUGUUUUGAGAAGUUUGGUGACCGUGUGAAACACUGGAUUACAUUCAGCAAUCCUUGGGCAGUGGCUGAGAAGGGCUAUGAAACAGGAGAGCACGCGCCAGGACUGAAGCUCGGCGGCUGCGCUGCCUACAAGGCUGCUCAUCACAUCAUUAAAACCCAUGCCAAGGUUUGGCACUCCUACAACAGCACCUGGCGCAGGGAGCAGAGAGGCAUGGUUGGAAUUUCCCUAACGAGUGCCUGGGGGGAACCUGUUGAUCCACACAGCCAGCCAGACAGAGAUGCUGCUGAGAGGUACAUCCAGUUCCACCUGGGAUGGUUUGCAAACCCCAUUUACAGAGGGGACUACCCAGAGGUUAUGAAGAAUUAUGUAGGUAGGAAGAGUGCCCAGCAGGGCCUGGGGACAUCAAGAUUACCAACUUUCUCAGUGCAAGAGAAAACCUAUAUUAAAGGCACCUCGGAUUUCCUGGGAAUUGGUCAUUUUACCACUCGUUAUGUUCUGCAGAAGAGCUUUCCCUUCCUCCAAGUGUCCAGUUACCACACUGACCCUGACCUGGCUGAACUGGUGGACCCCAACUGGCCAGCUCCAGGCCCUAAGUGGCUCUACUCUGUGCCCUGGGGCUUCAGAAGGUUGCUCAACUUCAUCAAGACCCAGUAUGGGAACCCCCUGAUUUAUGUGACAGAGAAUGGAGUGUCUGAAACAAUGCAGUGCUCUCAGCUGUGUGAUGAGUGGAGGAUCCAGUACCUGAAGGGAUACAUCAAUGAGAUACUCAAAGAUUCCCUGAUUACUCACAUGGAAAUGGUGACAGAGAUUGUUCUUCCUACAGUUUUCACACUCUGCAUUCUCAUCAGUAUUGUCCUCCUCAUAUUCUACCUUCGAAACCACAGCUAAAACUGAUGU